AUGGAAAGCGAAAAAACCCUCUCGUCGGAAGAAACAUAUCUCAUUCAUCGGAGUAACAAGAAGAUAAAACGGAAAGCGAUGGGCAACCAGCGGGAAGAUGGUGAUGAGGAAACUACAGAAUCGAUGGAUACGGAUUAUACAAUAGUGUCAACCGAAGAGGAAGAAGAUGAAAGUUGUCCAACAAUCUUGCUGACCAAAGAGGAGAAGAAAAGGCUUCAUAUGCCUUGGACAAACUCCUUAAUUAUCAAGCUAUUUGAUAAAAGACUGAGUUACGCAGUUCUCAUUAGGAGAUUGAGGCUAAUGUGGAGCCUUACAGGGGAAAUCGCUCUCACUGAUGUUGGAUGUGCGUAUUAUGUGGUCCGAUUUACAUCAAUGGCAGAUUAUGAGUUCGUUCUAACACAGGGUCCAUGGAUGAUUGGAGAUAGCUAUCUCACCAUUCGAAAGUGGAUACCAAAUUUUUUCCCUGAUGAGGAACCAAUCAAAACUUUGACGGCGUGGGUAAGAAUCCCUAAUCUUUCCGUUGAGUACUUUGAUAGAAACUUCCUUCACCACAUAGGAAAGAAAAUCGGUAGAGUCGUUCGAAUCGAUAAAAACACUGAAUCGAUGGAUCGUGGCCAGUAUAUUAGAUUUUGUAUCGAGGUUGACCUUUCAAAGCCGCUGUUAUCUAAAUUCAGACUCAAUGGAAGGGUUUGGAGGAUCCAGUAUGAAGGACUGCGACAAAUAUGCUUCAAGUGUGGACACUUAGGUCACAAAGAUGCUGAGUGCCCUAAAUUUAGAAGUGCAGAAGAAGAAGAGGGUACUUUACUCAAGAAAGGAAAUACAGGCCAGGUUGAGGGUCAGUCGUUAGAAAAGAGACCCGAAGAACUAAACCAGUAUGGGACCGCAAAUUUGAUGGUGCACGUAGAUCUACGUGCAGGCCCCUGCACCAUCCACGCGUUGGUAUGGGACAUGGAUGAUGGUCCAACGAACCCCAAGAAGAGUCAACAACAAGGCAAAAGGAGUCCAGAAUAG